ACAUCAGAAGAGAAGUUGAGUUGAUGUGCUGUGAGAGAACGCCCCCUUGUUUGUGAGGGAAGAACAGCAGCGGCCUGUUCACCGUUGGAGAGGGAAUUGAAGUUGGUUGUGGUUCAGCACACUCUGCCAGCAGUUCAAGAGAACAAGAGAACAACAAUCGCAAUUGUGUUAGUAGAGUCUGGUUGUCUUGCUGAUGCAUGUGCUGGUUUUGUAACAGAGGUCUAUGGUCCAGAGUUAAACUGAGACCAUGAAGGGCUUGGAGCUGCUGCUGUUGCCUCUGCUGCUUAUUCUGAAAGAUGUAAGUGCUCAGUGGAAUGUGUGGAUGCCCAGAGACAUUUCAGCCAUGACAAACUCCUGUGUGGUUAUACCCUGUUCAUUCACGUACCCCUCCGGCAUCAGGCCUUACAGAGGGGUCCAUGGGAUCUGGUAUUUCGGCCACCCCUACCCCCAGCUUUUCCCCCCAGUGGUGUAUAAGUCACGCACAGAUAUUGUUCAUGAAAGUUACAAGGGACGGACCAAGCUCCUUGGUGACUUAACGCAAAAAAACUGCACUCUGCUGAUAAAUAAUGUUGGCAUGGAACAUUCUGGGAGGUAUUACUUCAGGGCAGACCUGGGUGGCGCAAACAUCUACACUUAUCCUGACUUCACAAAACUACAAGUGUUGGAUCAGCCCAACAUCGAUGUUCCAGAAGAGAUUGUUAGUGACCAAAGCUUGGACUUGACCUGUUAUGUCCCAGACAAUUGUCCAGACAUGAGUCCACAGAUCCACUGGAUGUACACAGACUACCUGCCCGACCCUGUUUUCACCCCUGACAAUGUUGAGGAUAGCAACACCGCGGUACUGUCCAGCACCCUCACCUUCACACCCAAACCCAUGCACAAUGGCCAGCUGCUGGGCUGCCGGGUUCAUUACGAAAACACCACCUAUUUUUAUGAACGCCUCAUUGCACUGGACAUCAAGUUCGGCCCUCGAACUGUGUGGGUAAAUGUGUCUCAAGAGGUAAUGGAGGGAAGCUCGGUGGUCCUGCACUGUGAUGUGGACAGUAAUCCAGCCCCCACAAUAACCUGGUAUUUUGGAGACAAAGAGCUGAUGUCGGAAGUUGCCUCAAACUCUUCGCUGCCUCUGGACAACCUGAGCCCAGAGGGGGAAGGUGUCUAUACCUGCGUUGGUGACAAUGGCUACGGCAGCAUGAACACAUCCAUGUAUCUGGCAGUAAAUUAUCCUCCACGGGAGCCAUGGAUCAAUGAAUCAUUAACGUUGUUGGAAGGAUCUUCAGUUUCCCUACAGUGCAUCAGCAAAGGAAACCCAAUGCCCACGUUGACCUGGCUGAAGGAUGGGGAACUGGUGGGCACCAUCACAGCAGAGGAGGGAUCCGUGCUUGAGCUGCACGAGAUCACGCCGCAGGCCCACGGAGUCUACCGCUGUCUAGCUGAGAAUGAACACGGACGGGCCAGCAACUCACUUAACAUUACGGUAGAAUUUGCCCCCGUCCUCCUUGACGACUCUAAGUGCACUAUAGUCCGUGAGGGCGUUCAGUGUGUGUGCAUUGCAACGGGAAACCCUGAGCCUGUGAUUGAAUUCUACCUGCCUGACCUCAACAUCACCAUCAACGACUCCAACAGCCUGUUUAACUACCGCACAUACUCAGAUGGGUACACGUCCACUGGCAUCAUCAAGCUCCAGGACAAGGGUGAAAGGGGAAACAAUGGUGAUACUGCUGUCCAUGUUCACUGCAGCAUCAGCAACAUGUACGGCUCCGAGACCAUCCGCUUGGAACUGCAGCAGGAGAAAAAGUUCAUGAUGGCCGUCAUAGUGGGGACUAUCGGAGGUGUGGCAGUCAUCGCCUUCAUCAUCGCAGCUGUGAGAUACGUGGGUCAGAAUAAUAAAAAAGAGAAUGGUAACCCUGGGCAGGACGUGGGAUCUAAAGUGGAGAAUCCCUCAAUGUUCUACAGCGCAGUCAAGAAGGACAAACAGAGUCUCAGGAAAAAAGUGCUUAAGACUGAGCUCCUGGGCUCAAAGUUUAACUCCAUCCUAGAGGAAGGCACGGGAGACGACAGUGAUUACCAAUCUGUUGGCCCGAUGGCAGGCAUGGAGAGGCAAGAGCUGAAUUACGCCGCCCUAGAGUUUCUCCAUGGACGACACCGGGAGGGAGGCUUCAGGAGGGCUGAUGGUGACGGCAGCGACUACACUGAAAUUAAGGCCAAAUGAACCGCGAUUCUUC